UGAGCAAACAUUCAGUGCCUCCCUGGGCCGCUAACUCUGCAUCCUGGUUUAGAUUCUUCUGCUGGCUUCUCUGGGAGGUAUCCCAGCCUUCAGAAUUGCUGUCUGGGCAUUUGGAUUUCACUAUGGCAGGACCAAAAAUCAUUUGGGUUGCUUGUGUCUGCAUUGCAAUAAUGUCCAUCGUCACAGCACAAUCAUCCAGGUCGAAACCUAAAACUGGUAAAGGUAAAGAUGAUUUGAGGAAAGAGAUCGAUAAACUGUGGCGGGAAGUAAACCUGCUGAAGGAGUCGCAGGCACUUCAGACUGUUUGCCUGAGAGGGAUAAAAGUUCACAAGAAGUGUUACCUGGCAUCGAAUAUCGCAAAGAGCUACCACGCUGCUAAUGAAUAUUGUAUCGCCCAAGGAGGAACCUUGAGCAUCCCACGAGACAUCUCUGAAAACAACUCUAUCCGUAGCUAUGCCAAGAAGAGCCUGAAUGGGGCAAAGGACUUCUGGAUAGGGGUCAACGACAUGACCUCUGAGGGCAAGUUUGUCGACGUCAAUGGAAUAGCCAUUAAUUACCUCAACUGGGACCGGAAUAAGCCACGCGGUGGGACCCAUGAGAACUGCGCGGCGGCGUCUAUUAGCGGCAAAUGGUCGGACGAAGUGUGUCGUAACGAGAAGAAAUACAUUUGCGAAUACCUCAUUCCUUAGAGCCCCCUCUCACACAGCCUACUCCAGAGUGGUUUUGGUCAUAACCUUUCUGCUGUUCAUUUUUCAGUGGAAGGUGUUGAAAUAAGUAUCUUCAUGGAUGUGCAUUUUUCAAUGAUACCGAACAGUGAUGGGUGGAAAUGAAUGUUAGACAAUUGUGCAUUAAUAUCAACAUCACACCUACUGCCCAAUUUAUUAAUUAUUUAGUUGAGUUUGGUUUAGUUUAGAGAUAUAGCAGGGAAACAGGUAUUUUAUCCCACCGAGUCCAUGCCGACCAGCGAUUCCCGCACACUUACACUAUCCAACACACACUA